AUGAAUCAUGCAGGUGCCGAUGAUGACUCCGGAGCCGGUGUCGCACCUGGUGAUGAAGAACUUGAGCAGCCAAGCACCCACGAGGAGUUGCAGCGGCUUUGCGAGCUCAUGGCACAGCAGCAGGCGCACCUUACACAGCUCUUGGAGUCGAGGCAGACGACCGGCCAGGACGAUCGUGAGACGGGAUUGCUGGACAUGAUCUUGCGCAACGAUGAAGCUGGGGCCCUUGCGAUGGUCAGAAGCCUCAGGCCAGAUGUCUUGGCCAGUGUGCAGGACCUAGCCGGCAUGACGGCCCUGCACUGGGCGGUGCGAGUCGGCUCUCUGAGCCUGGUUUUCGCCAUCUUGGAGAAGACGCCCCAGCUGGCGGAUCGGCCUACCACUGUGGGGCGGAGCCCGCCUCAUUGGACGGCCUUGAUGGUGAUGGCCGACCAAUCCUACCGGCCACAUCAUCGCCAGAUGGCUGCAGCCCUUGUGUCGCACAUGUCCCAGACCGCACUCAGUGUGCGUGCAGGGACUUUGUCCACGGUGUCGCACCUGGCAGCUGCCAGGGGCCACAUUCACCUUCUCAAGAAGGUGUUGUGGCGGUUGAACGACAUGGGCGGGCAUCAGGCGGUGUCGGAGCACCUGGCGAUUGUGAACUCAGUCGCUUCUUGGCUUACUAGUACACGGGAGUUUCAGGACUUUCGGUUAUCUUUUGAGAUUCUCUUCGCCCAAAACUGA